UUCUGUGUAGCACCGGUCAGCCGAGUUAUCCGAUUGUGGAGGUAAAGCUUUGCCAGAGCCGACUGCAACUACGUGGACCUAAUAUAGCCUUGUUAAUUGUCAUCAACAGCAAACCGUUCUGUGUUUUUUGCCGCCCUGCCCGAUCUUCACAGAGCCAGAGACCGGGGAGGCCACCAUGUCGACGCUUCUUCUGCGCGCUUCUCGCUUCACUUCUACCUUCUUAAACUCCACACCGCCGCCGACUCUCCUCUUUCCUCUCCGUCACCGCCACUUCUCUCUCUGCAUUCCGCUCUCGAACCCGAGCCCUCUUCUUCAAUCUCUUCCCGAUUCACAUACUCGCCGGAAACUCUCUCUUCGAGCUUUCGAUUCUUCUUCCGAGACGAGGCAGGAAGAGGAAGAGAAAGAGAAAGAGAAAGCAUCUAUUUCUUCCGAAAUUGAGGGUGAGGAUAACGGAAGUGUGGCCGCCUCCGAUAAGGAGUAUCCGAGCGGCGACUUUGAGUACAAGGAGUUCGGCCCAUGGAAAAAAUUAAUGGUGAAGAUUCGGAUGCUUGUUGCUGUUCCUUGGGAGCGCGUCCGCAAGGGCAGUGUUCUCACCAUGAAACUGCGGGGCCAGAUAUCUGAUCAGCUAAGGAGCCGUUUCUCUUCAGGACUAUCUCUUCCUCAAAUUUGUGAAAAUUUUGUAAAAGCAGCAUAUGAUCCUCGUAUCUCUGGCAUUUAUCUACAUAUUGAACCCUUAAAUUGUGGGUGGGGUAAAGUUGAGGAAAUUCGGAGGCAUAUAUUGGAUUUUAAGAAAUCAGGGAAAUUUGUUGUUGGAUAUGUCCCUGUCUGUGGAGAGAAAGAGUAUUAUCUUGCCUGUGCUUGUGAAGAGCUAUAUGUCCCUCCAAGUGCAUAUUUUGCUUUGUAUGGUUUGACAGUUCAAGCAUCAUUUCUCGGAGGUGUUCUAGAGAAUGUUGGAGUUGAACCGCAAGUGCAAAGAAUUGGGAAAUACAAAAGUGCUGGGGAUCAGCUGACACGUAAAAAUAUAUCUGAAGAAAACCGUGAGAUGCUGACUUCGUUGCUUGAUAAUAUCUAUGAAAAUUGGCUGGAUAGGAUUUCUCUUACCACAGCAAAGAAAAUAGAAGAUAUUGAGAACUUCAUCAAUGAAGGAGUUUUCCAAGUAGAAAGGCUGAAACAAGAUGGCUGGAUUACGAGUAUUAAGUAUGAUGAUGAGGUCAUGUCAAAGCUGAAAGAGAAACUAGGACUUCAGAAGGACAAAAAUCUCCCCGUAGUUGAUUACAGGAAAUACUCUAGAGUUAAGAAAUGGACUCUUGGUUUAUCAGGUGGUAGAGACCAAAUUGCAAUAAUUAGAGCCUCUGGAAGCAUUACCAGAGUUCGGGGUCCAUUUAGUGCAUCUAGUUCGGGUAUUGUAAGUGAGCAAUUUAUUGAGAAGAUUCGUACUGUAAGAGAGUCAAAAAGAUACAAGGCUGUUAUCAUCCGGAUUGAUAGUCCUGGAGGUGAUGCGCUUGCUUCUGAUUUAAUGUGGAGGGAAAUUAGACUUCUGGCUGCCUCAAAACCUGUCGUUUCAUCAAUGUGUGAUGUGGCAGCUAGUGGAGGGUAUUACAUGGCAAUGGCAGCAGGGACUAUAGUUGCAGAAAAUCUUACCUUGACAGGAUCAAUUGGGGUUGUUACAGGGAAAUUUAACUUGGGUGAACUAUACGAAAAGAUUGGCUUUAACAAGGAAAUUAUAUCAAGGGGCAGAUUUGCUGAACUUAAUGCUGCUGAACAGCGCCCAUUUAGAUCAGAUGAGGCAGAACUCUUUGCUAAGUCUGCACAGAAUGCAUAUAAACAAUUUCGAGACAAAGCAGCAUUUUCAAGAUCAAUGACUAUAGAGAAGAUGGAGGAGGUUGCACAGGGUAGAGUUUGGACGGGUAAAGAUGCAGCUUCCCGAGGUUUGGUUGAUGCUAUUGGUGGGCUCUCUCGGGCUGUUGCUAUAGCAAAACAAAAAGCUAAUAUACCGCAGGACAGACAGGUUGAUCUUGUUGAGGUGUCGAGACCUUCGCCAUCUCUACCAGAAGUGUUGAGUGGGAUUGGCAGUUCCCUUGUUGGAGUGGACAGGACAGUGAAAGAGCUGUUGCGAGAUUUGGUGGAUUCAGAUGGAAUUCAAGCCCGGAUGGACGGUAUUCUGUUCCAAAAGCAGCUUGAGGGAGCUACCUAUGCCACCAAUUUUAUGAAUUUGGUCAAAGAUUACUUGAGUUCCCUCUGAGCUCAGGCCUCUCUCUCUCUCAAUCAAAAUCCAUAUUUCUUCAGUAACUUGCGUUAAUAAUUGUGUAGAAUAGCUAGAGAGAGAGAGAUGCCUAGGCCACUCCACUCCACUCCAGUGACUUAAAAUCUCUUGUCACCUGCUCUCAUCUCGUGAAACCUUUGGAUAUUGCAAUAAACAUGUAAUGAAGAUGAUAAUUUCAUUUGCAAUAUAUAAUAGUGCAGUGGCGGCGAUA